CACCGCUACGACGUCAACAACAAAACAGAGAACCGCACAAGAAAACAGAGCAACACAAACUUUUUUCUUUUUAGUGAAGAAAAAAAAACGCCAUGAGAACGAGCAAUAAUCUUAUAGGUCUCGUGAACUUCCUCACUUUCCUCCUCUCGAUUCCGAUCCUCGGCGGUGGAAUAUGGCUGAGCAGCCGAGCAAACUCCACCGACUGCAUGAGGUUCCUCCAAUGGCCGCUCAUCGUCAUCGGAAUCUCAAUCAUGGUCGUAUCUUUAGCCGGAAUCGCCGGAGCUUGUUACCGGAACAAAUUCCUCAUGUGGAUAUACCUCUUCGUCAUGUUCUUCGUGAUCGCUGCUCUAAUAGCAUUCAUCAUCUUCGCUUACGCCGUCACCGAUAAAGGGUCAGGCCGGUUUGUGAUGAACCGGAGGUAUCUUGAUUAUUAUCUCGGUGAUUAUUCGGGUUGGUUGAAGGAUCGAGUCACGGAUGAUGGAAACUGGGGGCAAAUCGCGUCGUGUGUGAGGGACUCUGGAGUUUGUAAGAAGAUUCGAAGACACUUAAAUGGCGUUCCUGAAACUCCUCAGAUGUUUUACUUCAGAAAGCUUACUCCUAUUGAGUCCGGAUGCUGCAAGCCGCCAACAGAUUGUGGCUAUACGUACAUGAACGAGACAGUGUGGGUUCCAGGAGGAGAGAUAGUGGGAUCGAACCCGGACUGUAUGCUGUGGAACAAUGACCAGAGACUACUCUGUUACCAAUGUAGCUCUUGCAAAGCUGGUGUUCUUGGCAGCUUAAAAAAGAGUUGGAGAAAGGUAUCAGUGAUCAACAUUGUGGUUUUGAUCAUACUUGUUAUCUUCUAUGUGAUCGCAUAUGCAGCUUACCGGAAUGUUAAGAGGAUUGAUAAUGAUGAACCUGCCGGUGAGGCUAGGAUGACCAAAUCUCAUCCUAGUCAUUAUCAGUAUUGAUGAGAUUUUUAGUAUAGUUUUUCUUUUUCUAUAGAUGUAAGAAGGUUCUAAGUUGUGGUUUUAGUACUCUAUUAUAUAUAACUUUGAGCUUUUUUUGGUUAACAUUUGUGGUUAUAUGUUGUUGUAUGAUGAUGAUUAUAAUCUCUAUUUUGGUUGUUCAAGUAGAUUAU